CUACUACUCAUGGUCAAGCGCAAAUCAGACGUCGCCGAGAUCGGCGACUACGAGGACGAGCUCCAGCAACCGAAUCGCAAGGCCGCCCGCAAGUCUGACGCGUCUACUGCGUCGUCCUCGUCGUCAACCCGGUCUUGGAAGGACAUACAACUUGAGGGAGAUGAUGAGGGUGAAGUACCCGUCUAUGACACCCCCGGAGAAGUCCGUCGUAAGAUUCGUCUUCUCUUGAAGGAGCCCAGCUUCAAGGUUACCCCCUGGCUCAAAGAAAUCGGAAAUAUCAACAGCAAUAGCUAUCGUCGCUUCAUGGCAGAAAAGGAUGCGCAAAGCGGCAAGGGAAAUGGCACAUACUACGCGGCCUACGUCUACUUCGAGAAGCGCCGCAUUCUCGACGGAAAGGCCAAGACCCCUACUCGCGUCGCGAACGAAAAGAUGGCGGGCGGAUUCGAGCUGCGUGAUCGCAAGGGCAUGUGGGUCCUUUCACGGUAA